ACCUAAUUGAGGCAAGUGAUCUGAAGAAGUGUACAUACAUAGUGUACAUUGUCGUCGCAGCGAGGCGUUUACUUAUAUAAGUCUAGUUGACCAUCUCCCCCCCCUCCCCCCAGCUUUGUACACUUUUCCAGGGUUUAUUACUUGUCCUUUUGUUCCAUCUUCGUCCACCACAACACCAAAAACACCAUCAUCAUCACCACAAUGGCUGCCGCUGCCCCCGCCGUCACCACUUACCCUCCUCUCGAGGAGCGCCCGCUCAAGAACACCAUCUGCUUGUUCGAUGUCGAUGGCACCCUUACCCCCGCGAGACUGACCGUCUCGCCCGAAAUGCUCUCCCUCCUCUCGGCCCUCCGCCAAAAAUGCGCCAUCGGCUUCGUCGGCGGCUCCGACCUGGUCAAGCAGCAAGAACAGCUCGGCUCCGCCGCCUCGGCCGACGUCACCACCCUGUUUGACUUUUGCUUUGCCGAGAACGGCUUGACGGCCUACAAGCUGGGGCAGCCGCUGCCCUCCAACAGCUUCAUCAAGUACAUUGGCGAGGACCAGUACAAGGAGCUGGUGCGCUGGAUCCUGCACUACAUUGCCGACUUGGAAAUCCCCAUCAAGCGCGGCACGUUUAUCGAGUACCGGAACGGCAUGAUCAACGUCAGCCCGAUUGGCCGUAAUGCGAGCACGGCGGAGCGAAACGAGUUUGAAAAGUUUGAUAAGGAGGCGGGCGUGCGGAAGGAGAUGGUGGAGAAGUUGAGGGAGAGGUUUGGGCAUUUGGGUUUGACCUUCUCCAUCGGCGGCCAAAUCUCCUUCGACGUCUUCCCCACCGGCUGGGACAAGACCUACUGCCUGCAGCACCUCGAGAACGAGGCCAAGAAGGCCGGCGGUAUCACGUACGACACCAUCCACUUCUUUGGCGACAAGACCUUCAAGGGCGGUAACGACUACGAGAUUUACGAGGAUCCUAGGACUAUUGGUCACUCGGUUACCGGACCGGAGGAUACGGCGGCCGAGCUGAGGAAGCUUUUUAACCUUUAAGUUUUGGGUUUUGGGGGUGUCAGAGGUCUACCUACCUACCUGUGAAGGGGGUUGGGUGGGGAUAUGAUGAUGAUGGAAGAACAAAGUAAAAGAAAAAAGCCUAUAUAGGGAUUGAAGAUAAUUGGUAAUGAUGAUUUGAAGACACAAAAUGGAGAGUCCUCGGGAACGAUAUGAUGCGUGACCAAAGGGUUGUUUACAGGCUCUUCCUUGCUCCUUUACUUCAGUUGACCCUUUCACUUAAUCUUUUUCACGCUGG